AGUAAUGGACAUCAAUUUGGAUCCCGAAGAAGAAGGUUUAGCCUAUUUCUCGUUGGACAACCGUUAAUAAGCCGGAGUCCUUUGUAUUUCAUGUGUGCUAAUACGUGCGUUUGCCAGUGAGUGUCAUCCACCCGCACGUUGGCGGUCUGUAGCUGAACUCUGCGCCGCGUUUAGGGUUAAAGAAGAGCUAACCACGCUAACGCUAGCUACUACAACCAGCACAGUGUGUGUGUGAGAGUGUGUGUGUGUGUGUGUGUGUGUGACAACGUCUGGAAGGGCGUACGAGUUUGACGUUGUUCUCCGAAGACUCCUCACAUUUCAGAGUUUGCUGAAGCUCGGCCGUCUCUCUCCAGCUAACCUGCACGCUCCCCCAGGGCAGGGACACGACGACCAGAGAGGAUUAGGAGCUACUCGGGCUUGAUGGGGGGAAAAGUUGAGCCGAGGUAUGAAAUACGCAUACACUGCAGGAAUGCUGGGGUAGGACGAUUAACAACCUUGGGAGAACUGAAGAAAGGUUCCGAGUCUAACAAAUUGUUCAGGGACAUGCUAAAACCCCAGCGAUGGAGCCAACCGUUGUGAGUACGUCCACUCUGUCCCCGGAGGAGUUUGACAGGAAUGUGCCACGGAUCUGUGGCGUGUGUGGUGACAAGGCAACAGGUUUCCACUUCAAUGCCAUGACCUGUGAAGGAUGCAAGGGCUUUUUCAGACGCAGUAUGAAGCGCAAAGCCAGCUUCACGUGUCCCUUUAACGGCAGUUGCACGAUCACCAAGGACAACAGACGCCACUGCCAGGCAUGCCGGCUCAAGCGCUGUGUGGACAUCGGCAUGAUGAAAGAGUUCAUUCUGACAGACGAGGAAGUGCAGAGGAAGAAGGACCUGAUUCAGCGGAGGAAGGAGGAGGAGGCACAACGUGAGGCAGAACGGGAAGCGCGGCGGCCCCGACUCUCAGAUGACCAGAGUCAAAUCAUUGGAACCCUGGUGGAGGCCCACCACAAAACUUAUGACGACUCCUACUCUGACUUCUGCCGAUUUAGGCCUCCUGUGCGCGAGGGCCCAGUGACACGAAGCGCCAGCAGAGCUGCCUCUCUCCACUCCCUCUCUGAUGCCUCCUCUGACUCCUUCAGUCAUUCUCCAGAGUCGGUUGACACUAAAAUGAACUUCAACAACCUGCUGAUGAUGUACCAGGAACAGGGCAGCAGCCCAGACUCCAGUGAAGAGGAAGGCUCCAGCUUCUCAAUGCUGCCUCACCUGGCUGACCUGGUCUCCUACAGCAUUCAGAAGGUCAUUGGCUUUGCCAAGAUGAUCCCUGGCUUCAGGGACCUGACUGCAGAGGACCAGAUUGCUCUGCUAAAAUCCAGUGCUAUUGAGGUGAUCAUGCUGCGCUCAAAUCAGAGCUUCAACCUGGAAGACAUGUCCUGGAGCUGUGGAGGUCCUGACUUUAAAUACCAGAUCAGUGAUGUCACCAAAGCGGGCCACACUCUUGAGCUGUUGGAGCCAUUGGUGAAGUUCCAGGUUGGCCUGAAGAAACUGAACCUUCAAGAGGAGGAACAUGUACUGCUGAUGGCCAUCUGUUUGCUCUCUCCAGAUCGCCCAGGGGUGCAGGACCAUGUAACGAUCGAGGCCCUUCAAGACCGGCUGUCCGAGACCCUGCAGGCGUACAUCCAGCUCCACCACCCAGGCGGUCGGCUGCGGUAUGCCAAAAUGAUCCAGAAGCUGGCCGACCUGCGCAGCCUCAAUGAGGAGCACUCCAAACAGUACCGCUUACUGUCCUUCCAGCCCGAGCACAGCAUGCAGCUCACUCCAUUGGUGUUGGAAGUGUUUGGCAGUGAAGUCUCCUAGAAGCCACUUUUGAAGUUCAUUUGUGGAGAGGAAGCUUGAUACAAGACCCCACAGAGUAAAAAUGGAGGGUGGGAGCUGAGAAUGUGCUGGUUGGACUAAAAGAAGUGUGGAGAAUCUGGAAGAGUAUAGUGUGUGUGCGUGUGUGUGUGUUUGUGUGUGUGUGUGUGUGUGCGCGCGCGCGUGUGUGUGUGUGUGUGUGUGGCUACUUGUAUGUGACGUUGUGAGGAGAGCAAACAGAUGUUAGGAAAGACAGUAAACAAGGGAAUGUCGUAUAGUAAAAACUAAGCUAUCCAUUAAACAUCUGCAUAUAGAAAAGAGGUGUGUGUGUGUAUAUAUAUGUAUAUAUACAUAUAUAUACAUAUACACACAUAAAAUAUUAUUUUACAGUGUUUUUGUAAGUAUUUAACUCCACAAACAGCUGCUUUAAAAACUCUGACAUUUCGUGUGUGGACAUGUUGUGCGCACACCAACACAACCAUUCUCAGUUAUUCAUUUAGCCAUUCAGUUGAGCUACCUCUUGGUUUUACUGGGGUUGUUUUAUAUUUACAUCACCUAUGUGAAACAGUACCUUUUUACACAGAACAAUUUAGAUACAGCACAGUUUACUUUUCAGUUUACCGGUGCAAAAACAGUGCCUGCACAUUACUUUGACUUUAUGAUCAUUCAAAAAACGUGCGCGGGUGUGUGUGUGUGUGUGUGUGCGUGUGUGUGUGUGCGUGUGUGUGUGGGGGUGUGUGUGGGGG